AUGUCACAAAAAGUCACAACUGUUCAGCAAACAGAAAACGGGUCAGUUGACCAUAAGAAAGUGGUAUAUGAAUUAGGUGAUCAACCUCCACCUUUGGCUACUGAAGAAGUAGAACAAAUAAUUGCCAGUCAAGAUUGUGACAAAAGUGAUAUCGUGUUAGUAGAGUCAGGUGAGUUCUUUGAGAAAGAUCACGCUGAUUGCUCUUCGAAAGAACAAGAAUUUGAGUUGGAUCAAGUUACUUGUGAUCAACAAUUGAAUAUAGCUGUUGACGAAGGAGCCUUAGUAUUCGACAACGACCUUCCAUCAUCUCCGAUUUCAGUUUAUGAAGAGUUACAUAAAGAGAAUACUGAAGAAUUACCAGCAUUUCCUUUGACACCUUCAGUAAUUCCAGAAAAUUGUAUCAAAUCUGAAUUACUGUCAAAUCACCAACCACAAGCGAUACCUGAAUAUUGUACAGAUACUAAAAUUGGACAAAUUGUAGGUGAAACUCUAGAUAAAAUAAGUGAUAAUUACUUAGUUGAACCAAUUAAUUUUUCUUCAGAUUCCAUCCCAUCUACAAAAAACUUUACAGAGGAAGACGCUGAAAAUUCACUACAAGAGCCUACUGGAGAACAAUUGAAUAGUCAAUCCGUUGACUACUUAGAAAAAAGUGUUGAUAUAGAGGUUCGAGUUGAUGAACAGAACGACCUCACUAGUAUAUGCGAACUGAAAGACAAAACAAACACUGAAGAAAAAUCAACAGAAUUGCUUGACUUUGAAGAAGAAUCAAUCAGUUUAUUGAAUCCUGAAAACGAAGCAACCGAAUCAUCUUACGUAGAAAAAGGAUUUCCUACAUUAUCUACCAUUGAGAAACAAGUUAAUAAAUCGUCUGAUCUUGACGAAGAAAUAACUAAUCCGGUUUGCAUCGAGGAAGCAAUAAAAGAUCCUGGUAAAUCAGAAAAUCCUCAGACUUUUCUACCAUACAGAAAUAAAUCAUCUGUUGAAAUUUCGAACUCCUUAACGUCUACUGAAUUCUGUCCAGAAGAAGAAGUAGUAGUAGUGGAAGAGCACAGUAGAAAUAGUAGUUCUACAACUGGCGCUGAACUACUAGACGAAACAAAUUCUAGCGCUUUGUUUGUAAAGUCUGUAACACCGUCAGUACUAACCGAUUCACCAAAUCACUUGACAGAUACUAAUUAUCGAAACUCAUUUGCAUCUAGUGAAGUUGUACCAUCGAAACAUACUUUAUCAAUUGAUUCUCUAAGUGAAUCUGUGAAUAAUACUACAAAUACUAGUAACAAUAACGAUAAUUUAAAAGAAUUAACACUAAACACUUUAAAUUGUGAUACAUCAAUGAGUACUACAGUUGGUGUAUCUGAUAUUACGGCUGAUCAAUCGGAAAUCAAUCGGGAAUCAUACAUUUCAUAUCCAUCGUAUGACAUUGACAAUACGCCAGCUCAAAGUUCUUUUAGACAUUUAAAUCAUAUGAAUCAUAAUGAAUAUCAAAACAGAUUAAAUGGUGGAGAAGAUGAAUAUUUAUCAGGUGAUAUUAAAGAAAACACUAGUGGAAAUAAUAAUAGUAAUGAAGAUAUUCCCAUGAACGAUGAUCGAUCCGAGUAUACUAAUAUGAAAACAGAAGAAAGUUAUCACGAUUCUACGUGUCCAUCGCAUUCAGAACAAGAAUUGGAUCAAGACAUUUUGAAAAAUGAACAUGGCAAAAAUGAACUAGUUGCUGAACAAAAUAUGGAAUGUUUAAAUAUUCAAAAUGUUGAAAAUCAACAAAAAUUAUCGUUUAAUCAAAUCAAAGAAGAUUUAGAGAAAAAGAACGUGAUUGGUUCCCUUCAACCACUACGACCUGAACAAUAUAUUAUGCAUCAUCAAGCUGGUUUGAUUAAACAACAAGAGAUGUUGAUUUUAAAUCCACAAACUGGCGAUGUAUUAAGUGAUCAAUAUUCAUCACAUCAUCAAACAAAUACAAUAACAACAGGUGGCACACAUCACUUCGCUAGAAAUAUAGCAUCGAAUAAUUCUGUGGUAGUUCCUACAGGCGGAAAUGUUAGUGGUCCUCCAGUUGGAUCUGGAACAGUAGCAAGUCAACAGAAAGGUUCUACUAUUUAUCCUAAAACUGGUCAAAAUCCUAUUGAUGGAGGAACAAAUGGAGGUGUUGGUGCUAACAGCAGUGGAAAUGCUGGUGGUGGCCCUGGAAAAAGUGGAGUUUUAGUUGGUGGUGGUUUGGAUAGAUCUCGACAAGUAUAUAAUAUGUUUGAAUGUCAAAUGUCACAACUUACAGUAUUUUUGGAUCGUGCACUUAUAUGUAGACGUAUUAGACCACGUUUCAAUGCAUCGGAUAUUACAGAAGUUGUUUUUGAGCAUUUAUCACCAGCUAUUGAUAAAGAUUCUAUUCGUGUGGAAAUUCGUGGAGCUGCAACUAUUCUAGAUGUGAGCUUUUCAGCAAAAUCAUUAUCUGGUGAAGAAGAUACUUGGUCACAAUGUGUUAAUGAGCUAUUGGUUGAAUUACGCCAAUGUCGUCGUCGUGCAGAUAAUCUAGUCAAUAGAAUUAUCCGUACAGAAAAACAACGUUGUGUUCUUGAAACAUUUGCUGAUAGUUUGUCACGCCGUGAAGAUGAGAUUCUGUUGGGCGGUAAUCAUCACGGUCAUGUGACAUUGAAUAAUUUACCAAAUCAUACAGGUGUUGCAGAUCAAGUAAAUAAUAUCCCGUCACAAGGAGCAACAUUAUCGGGAGGAACAACACCAGCAAAUGCUCAAAUGGCCUCAACGACUGCGGAACAUAAAUGUAUAAAUGAUAUCGUUAAUCCUUAUGAUCCAAGAAAUGUGGAAACGUUGCAUAAAUUUCUUGAAAUUUACAAAGAUGAAGCUGAACGAUUUGAUACAGUUUUAAUGGAUACUACUGAAGAAUUGGAACAAGUUCGUACACGAAUUGAGACAUUGGAAAAAGAAGUUCGUGAUAUCGAAUUAAAGCAAGAUGAACAUUUAGCCAGAGAAUUAAGUGUACUUGUUGAACCAAGAGAAACAGGUCAAGUUGAAAUGCUUGUUUCUUAUGUGGUAAAUCGUUGUGGAUGGAAACCAGCUUAUGAUAUUCGUAUUUUUAACAAUGAUGGAACAAUGAAAAUAGUUUAUUAUGGUAUGGUUCAACAAGCUACUGGUGAAGAUUGGGAAACGCGUUAUAUGACUUUAUCGACUGCACAACCUGGUAUAGGUGGCACAGUUCCACAUUUAGGCGUACAACGAGUACAUUUUCGUAGAGACGUAUCGCCUGAUUCUAGUCGUCAGUUACAAAGUAUAGACAAAUCUAAUUUAAAUGAAAAAACAUCUCGACUACCAUCUGCUGGUACAAUUCCUUCUUAUUCUAAACGUAUUUCUGCCAAUGCAGCUGUAUUUUAUCAAACACCUCCAUUGCAACGUUCCGAUUUUACGCGUGGAUUAAAUGAUACUAUUUCAUAUGAAAUGACUGAUCGUCUUUCUGCAUAUUAUGACAAUUCAACUGAAUAUUGCUCUACACUUGGACGAAGUGAUAGUAUGGCAUCAACUACGUUGCAUUCAUCGCUUGGUCGUCGAAAUAAACUACAUCCAAGAUCGAAAUCACGUGAAACAAUACGUACUAUAACUCAGCGUGAUGGUAUCACACCAUCUGGAACACUGCAACGUGGUGGUAGUAUUGAAAGUACUUAUGCAACUGGAUUACGUUCCUCUAGCACUAGACCUAUCAGUAGACGUACAUUAGGAUCAAGUAUGUUGUUCAACUCCGUCACUUCUCAGAGUCCUUUGUUAUCAAAUCGAAUUUCUACUUUAAUGAAUUCACAACCUGCACUAUUGCCUACAUCACAACAAUCUGCACCGCCUGUUGGAAACAGUUGCAACGAUACAACUGGAGAUUUACAACCACGUUAUGAAUACGUAACUGUGCCAAAGCGUUCUUUGUAUGCUUAUUUAAAAGCGACAGCCGUGAACAAUACGGAGUUUUCUAUCUUGGCUGGUCCAACUAACAUAUAUGCUGAUAAUACUUUUAUUGGAAAAUCUGAAAUACGUGCUGUCGCCCCAGGCGAAGAGUUUAAUUGUCACUUAGGCGCUGAGAAUGGUAUAAAAAUACUGUAUCGCCCAUUAUUCAAAUAUCGUGAAGGUACCGGUUCGAGUGGAAAAAAUGCUACAAUGACAUUUAAACAAUUAAUUGAAGUUCGUAAUACAUUUGAUCGUCGUGUACGUCUAAUGGUUGUUGAUCAAGUUCCAGUCAGUGCAGAGGAUAAAAUUAAAGUUAGCCUUUUAGAGCCAACAAUUAAACAUCCAGAAAAAUAUGAUAAAAAUAGACCAAUCAGAAUGAAUAAAUUCAAUAAUGUUGAAUGGGACUUGGAUCUAGGUCCAGGUGAAAUUCGUGAAUUAACACUGAAAUAUUCAGUGGAGCAUCCAAUCAAUGAAGAUUUAGACGUUUCUGUUUCUGAAAACUAA